CGCGGCCCUCUAAGCGUUUUCUAAUCUGUUACCGGACUGUUUGGAGCCGCUGUGGCCGGUGAGGGAGGUGUUAUUUGAGGUCGGCGCUGAGCCCGAAAGCCCUGCCUGGCUGUUGUGUUGUCUGGGGCGGGGGGUGGGGGCUCAGUCGGACAAGAGUUGUCCCAAACCCCAACUCCUGGCUAGCUAGCUGGUUUCUGUUUGCCCCUGCAUUCAGUAGAGACUCUCAGUAUGUUUCACACUUUGGCUUGCAUUCUAAAAUACAGCAAACUGGCUCUCCAGGUUCACAUGGUCCCAAUGGAUUAUUAAAGCUCACUUGUCUAUGGAUUUUCUCUUUUCCAAUCAGGCUUUGGCCCCUGAUGAUUUGGGUGGGUGUCUGUCACCCCUCAUCCUGAGUGAAGCCCCCUCUGUCUCCCCAAACACGCACGCAUUCAAACCACGGCGAUGACACACCAUUCCAACAAUUCUGUUCGAGACCAUAUGAAAUGGGCUGGGUUGCUGGGCUGCGAGGCGGUGCUGUCCAGCAUGGCCCUGAUGCAAGCCAACAACAUCCCAGGCCAGAAGAAGAUGAUGUCACCCUUGGCUCAGGGGCACAGGGCCAGCCCUGACAGCCACCAAACACACUCGCAGCACAGCCACAACCACCAUGGGCACCAGGUUCACCAUGGACAACCUCACCACAGCCACAUGGGCCAUCCUUCAGCGGGGAGCUGUCCACCCCUGCUAAUCCGAAAAGACGGGGAUUAUCACUCAUCAAGGAUGAUUGAUGCUAAGGACAUGCAGGCAAACCAGAAUAUGCAACCCAAGAAGAAACACAAAAAAUCUGCAUCAUCCAGCAAAGUAAAAGUGGAACAUUUACUUCCACCGAUUGAUAUGGAUGACGACAGCUCCUUAAAAGUCCAGAAGAACUUCAUCUGUGAUCACUGUUAUGGAGCUUUCAGGAGCAGCUACCACCUCAAGCGACAUAUUCUCACACAUACAGGGGAAAAGCCAUUUGCUUGUGAUGCGUGCGAUAUGCGGUUCAUUCAGCGUUACCACCUGGACAGACACAAGAGGGUGCACAGCGGAGAAAAACCGUACCAGUGUGAUCGCUGUCAUCAGAAUUUUUCACGGACGGACAGGCUGCUGAGACACCGACGACUUUGUACAGUUGGAAUGAGCAAAGAGGAAAGCCAGUACUCCCAGGAUGCAUCUGGCCAUCCAGCUUCCUGGAGCCCCUUACAGCCUUCAAACACCCGUCUGACUGUCUGACCCUCAGCUUCCCAUAGAGACCCAACAGACAGCAGCAGUUUGCAGCCACACACUGCAGUUACGACCUGAGAAGAACCUAGCCCGAACACAACCAGACUUUAGUUUGCUCUCACCAGCUCGUUCGUAGAGCUUGAUCGUAGAUUUUUUGUGCUUUUUUAAACCUACUGUUACAUUCAUACAACAGGCAAAGGGGGAUGGACUAGUUUACGAUCUCGGACAACAGAGCAUAGUAUUAUGGCAAUAACUGAACUGAAAAAUGCACACAUCUCCUUUUUUCUGAAAGGCUGCAGGUAUUUUUUGGUAUCGCUGCCCAGAGAUUACAAGUAUUUUUUGAUUGCAUGGACGGUCAGUACAUCAUACAGCAGCUAUCGGAUUUCUGUUGACCUGCAGUCAACUCCAGGUCAACCUGUUACUCCACGUGGACAUUUCACCAAAGGACGCAUACAAAACCAUGUAGCAUUUUAGUGUUAAAGUCCUACUUGUUUUGUGUUUCUUAUGCUACUAACCAGCUACUGCUGAUGAGUAAAAGGUCACAGCUGCCAGCCUGUGGUAUGUGCUGCCAUCUAUUUCCUAAAUACUGUAGGUAUAUUUGAUGUACUUUUUGAUGAUUUAAAUGUCAAAGGGGCUCAUUGUGGCGUAACAUUAAAAAAAAAAAAAAAAAAAGUAAUUCAUUUUAUCUCAUAUACAAGAUUGCCUUUUCCUCCAUCACACAAGUCUUAAAUGGAUUCAUUGUAAUUAUUUCGUAUCUGCUUUUGGUCCAGCUGCUGUGACUACAUGGGCAACUCUGUUGGUGAUCUGUAAAAAUGGGCUGAUAAACACUAGAGGGUAACGACACUACCGUUCAAAAGUUUGGGGUCACUUAGAAAUGUCCUUAUGUUUGAAAGAAAAGCUUUUUUCGCCAAUGAAGAUAACAUUAAAUGAAUCAGAAAUCCAGUCUAGACAUUGUUAAUGUGGUAAAUGACUAUUUUAGGUGGAAAUGGCUGAUUUUUAAUGGAAUAUCUCCGUAGGGGUACAGAGGAACAUUUCCAGCAACCAUCACUCCUGUGUUCUAAUGCUACAUUGUGUUAGCUAAUGCUGUUGAAAGGCUCAUUGAUGAGUAGAAAACCCUUGUACAUUUAUGUUGGCACAUGAAUAAGUUUUAGUUUUCAUGGAAAUUAUCUGGGUGACCCCAAACUUUUGAACGGUAGUGUAGAUGCUCCUCAAAUGUUAAGUUUUCAACUAAUCUUGGUAUUAAGUUGUGUAGCUGCUGUUUACCUUGUUUUAAAGGGAUUUGGUCACGACUGUUAAUACGAUGGAAGGCUGGCAGGUUUUCUAGGAGCCCAGAUUUUUCGAAGCUUCUUGAACUUUUCCAUAAUGUUAGCUGGAUGUGGGAUUCACCUGUCCGUCACAAAAAUAGGCGUUUCCUCCACAUAGAUCCAUUGUAUUUACCGUCUCUUCUUAGAAACCACAGUAUUGUUUUUAUCUCCUGUUUUGUUAUCGUAGAUUCUUCUGACAGAUUUUCAUCCCUUCAGAUGUGUUUUGGGUCAGUUAUCUGAAAUUUGAGGUUUACAUGAAGGUUGAUAGAGUUCAUUUGUGUGUGAAAUCUUGUCAGAAGACUGUUUCCAAAUCACUGGAUCAGUAGAGUCAUUAGCCUGUUUUUGUCACUGGGGGUACUUUAGAAUUUUCUUGAUUCUGACUAGUUUCAAUCAGUGCUUGUUUGAGGAUUAGUUUUACAGGAAAGAGGAAAGCAAAUAUAAUUUGGCUCAUCCACAGAUUUCAAGUGCAGAGCUGUGUCUUUGUCUGACUGAACGUGAUCUGAAUCCAGUGCCAUGUCAUUUCAUCUCCGGUUUAACCUCGGACGUCUUCAGUGAAGAUGACGAAUUGUACUUUGUGGAAAGGGAGCUACGAGGUCUUUUGUAUAACGAUAAAUGGCAGCACACCAAGUCCACUAAGCCUGCAUGUGGUUCAAUCAGUCUGUAGACACUGGACUGAUGAUGUUAGUUGAGGUUUAGAAGAACACUUAAGUUUAACAGUUAUUUAGACUAAAAUGUUUCAGAGUAGACAUGUAGUUCAGUUCUGUGCUGUCAGACUUUUAGAUUAUGUGAGAGGAGUUUGGGGCUCAACACUGUCUACUGUUUAUGAAGUUAAUAUAUAUUUAAAUUGUACUAGGGGUAGAAACUAGUGCGUAUGGGACCUGAACUCCAAAAGCAAAUUAAAGUUUUUACAAAGUUGUAACCCUUAGUCUGAUUAUUUGCUAUGACUGCUGAAAAAACUGUAGUAAGUUAUUGUUGAACUUUCUGUUAGGAGAAAAGUAAAACCUUCCACUCCUGCCCUUUUAGUAGAGCAGCCCUGAUUAGUUAGGAUGUUUUUUGUUUGUUUUUUAAUUUGCAUGUAUUUGUUGGAGGAGCUUGUAUACAUUUUGUUUCAUUAAAAAGUUUUUUUUUUUUUUAUGUGAGCCGCAACAAUUUUGUCAUGUCAGGAGUAAAGUGAGGUUGACUCAGUUACCCUGUACUAAAUGGAGUUUAAGGGCCCCAAGUCACAAUAAAGGUGUUGAUUUUGAAA